AUGAUGGCGGCCGUGCACAGCUCCGGGGCUGUCGUACUUCAACGCGACACGGAUACAGCAGGCGGGCCAGGUAGACGAGGGCGGGCAGGUAUCAGGGAACAGGAGGGCGGCGGGAUCUCAGCGGGGCGCUACGUCAAUGUGCUAAACGUGAGGAAUGGCAAAGACGUACAUGUUCUUGCUCAAGACAUAAAUAAAGAGCAAAUCCUUCCACACAUGAUGGCGUGUGCUCUGACCUGCAAACACACAAACCAGGUUUGA